AUGGCGUGCUCAGUAGAUGCCCCCUCCCUCAAGGACCUGCCCAAGGUAGCCAACGACCUGAAGAGUCAGUUGGAAGGCUUCAACCAGAGCUGCCUGCGUGACGUAGACACUAAUGAGAAGAUUGUGCUGCCAUCUGCCGAAGAUGUUGCCACUGAAAAAACUCAAAAGUCCCUGUUCGAUGGCAUUGAAAAGUUCGAUGCUACCAGGUUGAAGCACACAGAAACACAGGAAAAGAACCCUCUUCCUGACAAAGAUGUUGUUGCCGCGGAGAAACAGCACCAGAAUUUAUUGGACGGCGUUGAACACUUCGACAAGACCCAGAUGAAGCAUACCACGACAGAAGAAAAGAACCCAUUACCGCCUAUUGAAGCUAUUGAGGCGGAGAAGGAAAAGAACAAAUUCUUGAACGGCAUUGAGAACUUCGACCCUACCAAGCUGAAGCACACUGAGACGUGCGAGAAGAACCCUCUCCCCACCAAGGACGUCAUCGAGCAGGAGAAAACAGCCUGA